AUGGAGAAAUUGAAGACUUUAUUGAUCGCAAAUCGCGGUGAGAUCGCCGUUCGCAUCAUCAAAACAGCCAAAGAGCUAGGUAUCCGUACGAUUGCAAUCUACACUGCCGCCGACGCAACCUCAAAUCACAUUCGGGCGGCAGAUGAGGCUGUCUUACUACCGGGUGACGAUUCUACCGCAUACAUCAACGGAAAUUCAAUUAUAGAAAUCGCGCGUUCCCAUCAAGUCGAUGCCAUUAUUCCGGGCUAUGGAUUCCUGUCGGAGAAUGUGGAAUUUGCCCAAGCUAUCGCCAAUGCCGGAAUGGUUUUCGUCGGCCCUCGGUCCGAAGCCAUUGAAGCAUUUGGGCUGAAGCAUCGAGCUCGUGAGAUCGCUGUGGCAGCUGGUGUCCCAAUUGUGCCCGGGACGCAGGGACUGCUCGUUACAGAGGACGAAGCAGUGGAAGCGGCAAAUGAAUUAGGAUAUCCCGUCAUGCUAAAAGCCACAGGUGGAGGUGGUGGCAUGGGCUUGAUGAUAUGCAAAUCAGUCGAAGAGAUUAGAGAAUCUUUGACGCAAGUCCGUUCUCGAGGAGAGACUUUGUUCAAGAAUGCUGGCGUCUUUAUGGAGCGUUACUAUCCUGAGAGCCAUCAUAUCGAAGUCCAGGUUUUUGGUAAUGGUCUGGGAGAUGCAAUUCAUAUCGGAGAGCGAGAGUGCUCAAUUCAACGCCGUCAUCAAAAGGUCGUCGAAGAGUGUCCCAGCCCGUUCGUGGAAAAACACCCAGGUCUUCGCGAGAAGCUUGCCUCUGCGGCGGUUGCUUUGGCCAAAUCCAUUCGCUACGGAUCCGCAGGCACCGUCGAAUAUCUAGUUGAUGACGUAUCAGGGGAUUUCUUCUUCCUGGAAAUGAAUACUCGUCUCCAAGUCGAGCACGGUAUCACUGAACUAUGUUACAAUCUUGAUAUCGUAAAGCUUAUGCUCCAACAAGCCGACCGGGAGUUAUGCAAUCUCGGAGGUCUGGACAGGGGUUAUCUAGAAUCUUUGCAACCAGACAAGCCUUCAGGUUGUGCGAUUGAAGUUCGUGUGUACGCAGAAAAUCCUGCUCGGAACUACUCGCCGUCCCCUGGAUUGCUUCAACAUGUUGAGUGGAGGGAGUUGAGCGACACUCGAAUUGACACGUGGGUUGCUACUGGAACUCGAAUUUCAACAUACUACGAUCCUAUGAUCGCAAAGGUCAUGGUACAUGACUCCAACCGGGCGGCGGCUAUUGAAAAAUUGGGCGAUGUUUUGUCGCAGUCGACCAUCUGCGGACCACCGACAAAUUUGGAGUUCUUGAACGCCAUAAUUCACUCCAAUAAAUUCCGCACGGGGCAUACGUUGACUAAUUUCUUGACUGAUUUUGAGUUCACCCCGGCUGUGAUAGAUGUCAUAUCACCAGGGUUGUAUACAACGAUACAAGACUAUCCAGGACGUCCAACUGCUGGGCGGGGAAUUCCACAAGCAGGACCAAUGGACCCUUUGGCAUUUCAAGUGGCCAAUAUUUUGGCAGGGAAUCCUUCCGGCAUCGAAGGCCUAGAGAUCACAUUGAAAGGACCGGAACUACGUUUCCUAGCUCCAGCAUGCAUAUCUGUCUGCGGUGCUCCAAUGGACAUGACACUUGACGGGACUGACAUCCCAAUGUGGACACGACUCUACAUAAAACCUGGUCAAAUAUUAUCAAUUGGAAAGCUGAAUGGGCCAGGAGGAUCUCGAGCAUAUCUCGCUGUUCGUGGGGGAUUCCCGGCAAUUGCCCCAUACUUUGGUUCAAAAUCAACCUCUCCUCUUCUUGGGAUUGGUGGGUAUCAAGGAAGAUCGCUCGCUCCGGGUGAUAUGUUGGCUAUUUCGAAACUCGGUGCAGUUGAAGCAGAGCGCGAGAUCUCAUUGCCUACUCAUUUGCGCCCCAUAUACUCCCGUCACUGGGAGAUUGAUGCCAUGGUUGGGCCGUACGAUGAAGGCUAUAUUGUAUCCGAAGAUAUCGAGAUGAUCUAUAACACGGUCUGGGAUGUCUCGCAUAAUGCCACAAGAGGUGGAAUUCGCCUUGUUGGACCUUCUCCAAGAUGGGCAAGGGAAGAUGGAGGCGAGGGUGGCCAACACCCUAGCAACGUUAUUGAAUAUGGGUACCCUACGGGAACAUUGAACUGGACGGGAGACAGUCCUUGCAUUUUCCCCAUUGACGCCCCUGAUCUUGGUGGCUUCAUUUCCUCCACGACGAUUGUGAAAGGCAGUCUAUGGCGUAUGGGUCAACUGAAAUCCGGUGACACUAUUCAAUACCGCAGAGUAUCAUUAAAAGAUGCUCUUCGUGCUCGUGUUGAAUUGGAACAGUUCAUGGAAAGUGUGUCCGCACUUGUAGCGGGCCAGUGCAAUAUGGAUAUCAUUAAGCCGAUUUUCGCUCCAACGUUGCCAGAGUCAACUGUCUCUGACAACUGGGGAAAGGCUUUGAUUUACCGCACCGAAUUGAGUGAAUCUGGAAUUCCCAUGACAUUUAGACAGGGUGGUGAUGAGUUCUUGUUGGUCGAGUUCGGCGAUGGAAAGUUUGAUCUCAAUUAUCGCUGUCGUGUGACAGCAUUGGACCAGGCUUUCAAGGACUCUCAAGUAUCUGAUGAAUUUGUAAGACAAGCAGUCUACAAGACCACCGGAUGCUGCAAUUCGCUCCUGAUCCACUACGACGGUCUGAAGCUCCCCCAAGGUGACCUUGUCAACCUUUUGGUAUCGUUACAAAAAACAGUUGGGGAUCUUAGCUCCUCCAACGUCCCAAGCCGAAAGUUCCGUCUUCCCAUCUGCUUCGAGAGCCGGGCUCAGCAGGAAGCCAUCCAGCGAUACAUGGGGACACAAAGACCACAUGCUCCGUUUUUACCGAGUAAUAUGGACUUUGUGGCGAAUAUAAACGGGAUUACGCAUGAUGAACUGGUUAAUAUCUUCCUUUCGGUCGAGUUUAUGGCUAUUUGUGUCGGGUUCUUCUGUGGCGAUACUAUCUGUCUGCCAGUUGAUCCCCGCUAUCGGUUGACAUGCCCCAAGCAGAACCCUAGUCGCGUGUACACCCCAGAAGGAAGUGUCAGCUGGGGUGGAUCAUGCAUGAAUAUCUAUCCCGUUGAUUCCCCUGGAGGUUAUCAAAUGACGGGUCAAACUAUUCCAUGCUUUGACCAAUUGGGGGUCAAACCCAACUUCUCACCAAGUCAGCCAGGUUUGUUCCGUGACUUCGACCAGAUUACUUUCUAUCGAGUAGAGAAGGAAGAGCUUGAGCGUGAUAUGGCGCGUUUCCGGGCUGGUUGUUACAAAUUCCAGUACGAAGAUGUUAUUUUCGAUAUGGGCGCCCACAACCGUCUUCUUGAGCAAACUAGAGACGAAGUAGCGGAAUUCAAGUCUCGGCAAGCCACGGCACAGGUAAAGAUGUUAGCCUUAGAAAAGGAAUCAAUGGACAGAUGGACGGUCGAGAAAGCGCAAAACAACGUUCCUGCUGAUGAAAUUACACUCCUAAGAGAAGACCCUGACAUUCUGACAUUGUAUGCUCCUCUCGAUGCCAACGUGUGGAAGGUCAACUUUGCAGAUGGCAGUGUUAUCCGCUCUGCUCAAGUUGUUGUCAUACUCGAGGCAAUGAAAAUGGAAGUAUCCGUCUCCUACAAUGGGGACAAGACAGACGGCAUUAAUGAGUCUUUCAGGAUUGAGAAGGUGCUCGUCCAACCAGGCGAUACCGUUCGGGCUGGAGAUGCGCUGGUAUUUUUGAGAAAUAUUUGA